AUGGGACGAAGCAGAAGUCGGAGCAGAGGUAAGAGCCACGCAUUUUGUGGACUAAAUGACUCAGAAAUUGAUUUAGUGUUUUUCUGCAGACCGUCGUCGCCGAUCCAGAUCACGGUCGGGCGAUCGCAGACGCGAUCGUAGUCGCGAGCGACAUCGCGAUCGCGACAGGCGUGAUCGCGACGGCGAUCGUCGUCGGCGAAGCACCAGUCGCGAGAGAAAGUCGCGGAGCAAGUGGGUUAUGGAGAGAGAGUCUUGGUGAUGAUCGGAAGUUGCAGAAGUCGCGAGCGAGGAGAUCGCCGGAGUCGCAGCCGCAGUCGCGACCGAAAGGAGCGCGACAGACGACGCGACAGUCCGCGAAGGGAUAAAAAACCUAAGAAAGGUACUGGAAAAUGGCUUGAAAGUUGUAGAAAAAGUUCCGGGAAAUCUUUUAUUUUUUCUCGUAACUGUUACACUAUUUCGAAGAUCGCGAUGAAGUUCGCUGAGUUUUGCUCAACAGCUCGCUAACCCUCCCAGAAGAAUUUUUGAACGGACGUUUCAAGUUUUUUGGCCGUUGGACAGUUUCGAACUUACAGAAAAAAAAAUAGCUAAUAGAGUUUUUAGAAUCUUUCAAUUCAACGCGAGUGUAGUUAUCAUGUUAAAAUCUUUUUUUUUUCAUUUCGAUUUCGGGACACGAGAUUUUUGUCAAAUAAGAAAUCCAAACUUGCCGAAAAUUUUUUCAUUUUGCUCAAUAUAUCUCUGGCUGCUUUAAAAUUUCCCCAUUUGAAAAUCAAAAGUUUCUUCAAGUUUCGUAGGUUUUAACGAUUGCUCAAAACCGUUAUGUUCUAGAUUUUUUUUUCAUCUUGCUUAUUUUUAGGAAAAAUGCGCUGCAAAAAUUUUUUUCAGAUUAAUUUUUUUGUCAAUUUUUUUAUUUUUUUAUGAUAAAAUCUUUGUAAAAAAUUACCUUUCGCUAUUAGAAUAAUAUUUUUUUUCAAUUCUUCGUUUUCAGCGCCUUUUUCACUUGAAAAUUUCAAUUAUUCUGUCAUUUUUCUGCAACACAAGCAGUUUAUAUAAUAUUUAAUUGUACUUUCUUGAACGAGAUUUCAUUUGCAGAAGAGAAAAUCGAUAUGGAAUCCCUGGCCGGCGCCGAUCAGGAAAUGAUGGCCAUGAUGGGCUUUUCUGGCUUCUCUACGACUAAAAAUACUCAGGUAACACGAAAAUUUUGACCGCAAACUGUCUAGAAAUGGAACAUUGAGCUUAAAAAAUCGAUAAUUGAUCAUAAGUCAGUCAAAAUUUGAGUUUUUAGCACAGUUUUGACAUUUGGAAUUAUUUUUGGAAGUUGGAAGUAAGAUUUCAUUGAACUUUAAAGCGAAAUUGAUAAGUUAUUUAUGGACCUAAUUGCAGUUUUCACCUGUUUAAGGUAAAUUUUUUGAAAGUUUUUUUCCUUUCAGUUAAUAAAUUGAGCCAUGAAUUAAUUUUUAUUUGCCCUCUACGAAACGUAAAAUUGACCUCAAUUUGUUUCAAAUCAUCGGCCGCCAUGUGAUACUCCGCCAUGUGAAAACCGGUUUUUCCUUAUCUUUGUGGCCGUUUUUUUUUUUCAGAUUUUCUCGUCAUCCAGGUUUUCACUAGUUUUCCAGGUGCAGUUGGAAAUCGAAUUUCACUUGCUUUUCCAUUUUUUCAAUUUUUUUUAAAAAAAGACUAUUGAGAAGCUUGGAAGAUGGUCGAUUUUGUGGCAUAACCUUGUUUUUUAGCUUUUUAGUAGCUUUUUGCCGCGAAAUUUUUUAUAAAUUUUUAAAAACUUUCAAGUUGAGAAAACAUGAAAGUUUUUUUCAAAAAUACGUCCCUUAACUAAUAAGUAUAGACCAAAAAAAGAGUUUUUUUGACUUAAUUUUUCACAGUUUCUGGUUAGAAAAGCGGUGAAUGAGUUAAAACGAUCAUUUUAAAACGUUCAAGAAAAAAAUUUAGAUCUUUCAGAGAAUUUUUUUCGAGUUUCUUUUUGCAGUUUCUGAUCAGAAAAGGGACGAAAGAGUUCAAGGAAUUGAUUUUUUUAACAUCCAUUUUUUUCAAAUAUCUCUCUUCAAACAUACAUUUAAAUAAUUACGGUCCCAAAUUUAUCUUUUUUUUUACUCGUACAUCUAAAAUUGACGUUUCUUUGUAUUUUCUCAAAAACUUUUAAAUUUCCUAUUGUUCGAGGUCGUCUAUUUUCUCAGGAACAUGAAUCGAAACAUUCAAGAAUUCAUCAUGUUCCUACUCAUACCAUCCAAAAUCCACUCUUUUUUCGAAUUGUUUCCUCAGAAAACUUCUAAAUUCGUUUGGUUGCAGGUUGAAGACAACGUCGACGGAGUCGUGAACAUCAAGAAGCCGCGACGCUACCGACAGUACAUGAACCGAAAAGGAGGAUUCAAUCGGCCCCUCGAUUUCAUUGGAUAA